AAUCCGCGGAAUCCGCCCGGUCGGACAUAGGAUAAUUAGGAUAGGACAUAGGUCCGGCAUUGAUUUUAUCCACAAUUUUGUCGAAAAGAAAACAUUAAAAAAUGAAAUAACAUAAGCUUAAUUUAUGCUACUAGAAUGUUUUGUGAUACCGGUAAAAAGCUACUUGCAGUGCAUUACACUUCAAUUAUGCUGCAGCUAUAAACCCUGCCAGAAAAGUAACUAUGUUACUUAAAGAACUAUAAUGUUUGCGUAACUUUGCAACGGCAUUAUUAUGUAAAUUGAUAAACUUCCUGAUUCACAAUGACGUUACAAUUAGUCAUAUCUUGCUAAGACGAGAAUCACACUAUUAGUUCAGUGUCAGUCGUAGACGUGAUCAUGUCAAAAUAGUACGAAACUGUACUGUAACGAUUGUAUUCGAGCUGCUGAAAAUGUGGGACAAAGCGAAGUUAUACUGGUCAAAAACCAAUCGUUGGCAUAGAGUGUUCCUGAUAUUUCUGAUAGUGGAACUGCGAUUAGUCCCCGGAGGCCAGGUGGGAUUCUGGUGCAACGACCCGGCGCUGUCACACCCGUUCACCGGAGACACGGUCAACUGGAAAUGGCUGCUUGUCACAACCAUAUUCCUUCCUCUGGUUGUUAUGUUGUUGGCCGAAAGAAAAUACCACAGAAAUGAGAAAUCCAAGUUAAAAAUGAAAUCUCAAGUACUGGCAUGGUACACGGAGUAUUUGUUCGGUCUUCUCCUCAAUGUGACAGUAGUGCAGACCCUCAAGCUGAUGGUCGGGUCUCCGAGACCGCACUUCUUUGACACAUGUCAGCCGGAAGAGGCUUUGAGCUGUCAAGGAUCAGAGUACGUCCAGACUUACACGUGUACGAAGGCAGUGUGGCAACACCAGUCCGAUAAGAGCUUCCCAUCUGGACACACGUCGCUGGCGUUGCACGCGGGAAUAUUUAUCGCAUAUUAUAUGCGUCGUCGCGCAGAGGAUACUAGGGCAAUAUGGAGCCUGCAGGGUCUGACGCUGCUGAGCGCGCUAUAUUGCAGUGUGUCCCGCUUGUCCGACCACCGCCACCACUGGUGGGACGUGCUCGCGGGUGCCACACUCGCGUUGCCCAUACUGUUGUACACCAUCUUAUUCCUCUGUAAAAAUUUCGAGUGUUCCGGAAUCGAACCUGACACCGAUCAGUGCACAACCACCAGUAUUACAGAUAAAUCACACAUCAAUGUCCACGCCGCAACCAUAUCUAGUGAGAGUGAGACAGACAGACCACAUAGCAACGUAACAGAAGUCCAUACGUAACAGACCUAUCAGCCUGAUUCGAAGAAUGAUUAAGACACGUUAAAGAUCUUGGAAAGAUAUUUAAAAGAACGAUAACUAAACGACAUGUCAAAAUUGAAGUUUAUUUCGAUUCCGCUGUGAUCUCGAUAAGAUCUAUCUACGAUAUUUCUAACGUCAAAGUGACAUUGGUUGCCCGAAUCGGGUUGCUUCUGUCAAUUAUACGAAAUACAAAUGAUAUCUAAAUGAAAACUUAUCUAAACCAGUAGGGCUAAGAUGGUCGGCUCUUUAUCAUUUGUCACCAUGCCUGUCACGUUCUAACAAGUAUGUAAGCGCGAAAGUGACGGGCAUAGUGACAAGUGAUAAAAAUGGAACCAUGAUGCCACCGCAGAACUUAUUGUUAUCGUAUCUCAUUCUUUGAAUGGAGCCGUAUCUGUGUACCGCAUUAUGAAGGGUAUCGAAACUUCGAGAAAUAUUUGUCCUAUAUUUAAUUUGACCGAACAUCCCACUUAUUUCAAAAUGGUAACGCAUUAAGAAAAGUAUAGUUAUAGUUCGUGUCAUCCACGAUGACGCGCAGAUUUGUCAAAUCUAACCUUUGAUAACAUGACAUUAAGAGUCAAGACACGCGUCUUCGUGAAUGACACGAUCUUUAUAAUGCAGUGUAUUAGUGAAAUUCCGAAUGUCGAAAACCGUCAGAUAGUUCCGAAAAAGUUCUCUUAUUUGUGAUGGAAUUUUGGGCGAUUUUCGGAAUUAUUCGAUAUACAAGAUUACCCGAAUACAGCUUAUCGCAACUCCGAAAGCCGUUUGGCCCAUUUAUUUGCCAAAUUUUCAUUUGGCCAGUCAUGUAUUUAAAAAACCGUUAAUAAAAAAAAGUUAAAGCCAGUUUAGGCGAGGCUAGGUUGGUAACCCUUCUAAAAACCGAUGGUUAAAAAAACGCUUUCGGUUAAAUGAAACAUUAUACAAAUAAUGUUUCGAAGUUGUGAUAGGAAAUCAAAAAUAGUAAAAGUUUUAUUUAGUUAGCUUUACUUAUUUAUUUUUUGACUUGUUAUAAUUGCAUCGCAUUCCAAAAAAAAAAUUAAUAGAAAUAUAAGAAUUGUGUUGU